AGGACUAUCAAACCAAAGAAACAAAGAACAAGAAGACAUAGUAAUACUGAAAGCAAAGAAAAAGACUAUGGAAUUUGAAUUAGAAGCUCUUAAUGAUAAAAAACAUCAACAUGAAGAAAAACUUCAAGAUAUCAGAUGUCGACUGACUACCCAAAGGCAAGAAAUUGAGAGUACAAAUAAAUCCAGAGAGCUGAGAAUUGCUGAAAUCACCCAUCUACAGCAACAGUUACAGGAGUAUCAGCAGAUGCUGGGAAGGCUUAUUCCAGAAAAGCAGAUACUCAGUGACCAGUUAAAGCAAGGUGAGCAAAACAGUUUACACAGAGAUUCACUCCUUACACUCAAAAAAGCCUUGGAAGCAAAAGAACUGGCUUGUUGGCAGCUCAGAGACCAACUGGAUGAAGUUGAGAAAGAAAGUAGAUAGAAACUAUAGGAGAUUGAUAUUUUCAGUAAUCAGCUGAAGGAACUAAGAGAAAUACAUUAUAAUCAGCAG